GCCUACAAUCAUCAAUAUCCUGAGCAGAACAAGCAAGUCCUCUCAUCAUAUUUCGCAUUCAGCUUCACCACAUACACCUCCUCGCCAGACCUUGCUUCUCGAGACUUCGUGCAUCGUCUAACCUCCUCAAGAGCUUUUCUUCAAUAUCAGGAAUCACAGUCAUCAACAAGAAAGCUUUGCAACAAUGGCUCCCAAGAAGUUCAACAGGCACUUCGAGAAACUCCCGAAAGAACUUCAACUCCGCAUCUGGGUACUUUCCAUGGAGCCUCGCAUCAUUCGAGCAAAAUGGGAGACUGUCAUCAUAGAUGAUAACUACAAAGCCAUCUACCGACUUUCCUGCGGCCCAGUCCCAAAGAUCCUGCACAUCUGCCGUGAAUCUCGAGCCGAAGCCCUCAAACAUUAUACUCCUAUCAAGUCCCGAGGGGCUCACUUGGAACAAGCAGAAAAGAGAUGUAUCAAGGACAAUGAGAACUCGAUAUACAUGAACUUCGACAUCGAUACCCUCUACUUCGUUGAUUUCCCAGACACCAACAGCUUCCUCUCGUGGAUAAGACGUGUUCCUAGAGAGCCAAAGCCAAAGAAUAAUGCAAAGCUACUUGCGGAGGGGGAUGAGAACGGCAAGGUCCAGAAGCCUCAGAAGGUAGUGAAGCACAUUGCUUUUCAUAGGCACCUGCCCAUGAGAUGGAGCACGUUACAAAGCAAGGUGGACGUGUGGUACGGAAUGGCCAUCAAAAAUCCUGGCUUAGAAACCAUCAAGAUUGUGAUGGAUGGGAGCAGCUUUGAGAAGACAGAGAAGCCUCAUACGUUUUCGUUCAAGAAAGCUCCGACCAUGGUCUGGAGGAAGCAGACACGAAAGCCGCUAAGUGUCGGUGGUCAACCUGCUGGUUCACAAGCUCCUGCUGCCCGACCCUCCACUGCCCGAACAGACAGUAGCAAGACUGCCUCGAAAGAAGUCGGAGUAAAAAAGCCUGCUGCUCUACGAAAUGGAAACUGGGUACCUGUACCAUACAGGGCGAAGGUCGAUGCACUCUUGGACGGGUUCUGGGAGAAGUCCGAAACUCAUGGCACAGCACUGGGGAAGACGUUCCGAGAGUGGAGAAUGACAGAGGAGGGGAAGCUUUGGGUGGCUCCGAGAUUUGAGGUUAUGAGCAUCAGCAUCAACCCGAAGAAGAAUGUUCGUGGUGGAUAGUUACAGGCGAGGAUGGAUAAUUUCGGCGUCGCUCCAUUUCCAACUUUUGAUGCGAUUGCCCUUCCAACCAUGGGACUUUUUCUACCCUAUUUCAGCGAAGAUCUUUUCUUUCAUAUCCGAUAUUACAACUAAAAGCAGUCAUUUUCUUUUCUUUCAUACUGGUCUGGGGCACUGGGGCACGAGAUUGAUUCGGUGGUGGGAAGACUCUGCUAUUCAAUUCCCCGAUUUCUUUGACCUCAAUACUUAGACCUAACCUAACAACUCUAUCUUAAUAGCUUAGCAAUGGACUUCUCAUAAUGCAAUACCUUUCAAACGAG